CAUUUCGGGUCAAGCGCUCGAGCUUUUACAGACUGAAAAGGCCAUCCAGUCUGGCUAUCUUUUGAAGAAAGGCGAAAAGCGAAGGACUUGGAAAAAGCGUUGGUUUGUCCUGCGGACGACAAAGUUGGCAAUGUACAAAGACAGCAAGGUAGAAAAAUCAGAGCGUGUGUGUGUGUGCGUGUGUGCAAGAGACAGAGUAGAAAAAAGGCGCGCGGCUUGGUAGGGGAAAGGAAAACCCCCAUGAGCAUAUCACCUGAUCCAACUCCCCUUUCUUUGUUUGGUCAACCCCCAACAACCAACCAAUCCUUUCAGGAAUAUAAGCUUUUACGAAUCAUCGACCUACACGAGAUCCACAGCGUCGUCCAUGUCACAUCAAGGAACAAGUACAAGUACAUGUUUGCUAUCAGCACUCCGAAGCGCAUGUAUUAUCUGCAGGCGGACAACCAGCAUGAAUUGGAUGGCUGGAUUGCAGCUAUUGAGCAUGCCAAGGCGGAGCUUGCUCUGUACGGUGCAGACGACGACGAUGCCAGCUCCGUCGGGCGUGAUCAGGCCUUUGCCAAGGAUGUGAUAUCGUCAUACAAAUCACAACACUCUCAGCAACAGCAACAGCAACAGCAGCAAAAACAUCAACGACGAAGAUCUUCAGGCGCAGACUCGUCAUCGGGUAUGAUGCGACGACGGCCAUCAUCAACAACAACAGGCGGUGGCCCUGCUUCCUUGUCUUCUCAACUGGACCAAAGACCAUCUGGCGUGGGUGCUGGUGGUGGUGGUAAUACCACACAUAUGAUUAGCCAUGCGCACGUGCCUCCGGUCGACAUUCCAAAACCAUCCACGCACAACAACAACAACAACAACAACCAUCUUCACCACCACCAGCGCCCUGAACCCUUCCACCUCAACACAAGCAUCAGCGCGGGUGGGGCUAGCAGUAGUCUGGAACAAGGGCUAGGCUCCUACUCGACGGGCCAGACAUAUCCACUGUCCCCCGUUUCUGACCACCAAGCCCAGAUGCAUGUUGCCGACGCCCUUGCAAGUUCAGAAGACGACGACGAAUACAGCUGGACCGAUGACAUGGCCAAUGUGCAGCAGGAAGAGAAUCGAAACAGAGUGCUUAUUGAUGGCUAUCUACUGAAAUUGGGUCGAAAUAAGGGAUGGAGAAAGCGGUGGUUUGUGCUGCGAACUGACACGCUAGCCUAUUAUGAGGAUGACAAGGAAUACGCUCCUCAUCGCAUUAUCCCGCUCACACACAUUAUUGACUCGCUCGAGAUCGAACCUAUCAGCAAAAACAAAAAGUACUGCUUCAAGAUUGUUAUUCCCAAACGAAGCUACGUGCUCUGCGCAAGCAGUGAAAUGGAGCUUGAAUCAUGGCUAAACGCACUGAGUGUGGGUGUGCGAAGAGCCAAGAAGAAUGGCAACGAUCACCCUGCCGCCGGGACGAGUCCUUCCAUGGUGGCACCUCCGUCUCCACUCGUUGCCUCGCCGACAUCUCCAUCCUGCAACUACAACAACCACCUCCAGAGACUGGCUACCGGCUCCUCCUUUGACUCGUUUGAAAACACAAGCCAUAUCUCUGGCGUGAGUGGAGCAGGCGCAAUAGGUGGUGCCGGUGGAGCACUUCCUGGUCGUGCUCAUCAUACACAUACCCAUAAGCUUGGAAGGGCCAAAUGAGCGGGGUCUUUCCUUCUUUUUAUCACCAUCAUCAUCACUAUUCUUUACUACUACUUUUUACUUUUACUACUAUUAUCAUUAUUAUUACUAUUACUAUUGCUAUUACUAUAUAUAUUCUUGCAUAACCUUCUCUUUCUACCUUUG